AUGCUGCCACCAUGCAGAGUUUGUGGUGAGAAGGCUUCCGGUUUGCAUUAUGGUGUCAACACUUGUGAGGCUUGCAAAGCGUUUUUUAGGCGAAACUUGCAAAGAGGAGCGGGUUACAAGUGCCUGGAGAACAACAAAUGCCUGAUCCUACCUGGCAAGAGGAGUUCCUGUUCCGCCUGCAGGUUCAACAAGUGCCUCGCUCUUGGCAUGUGCAAGGAAGGUUUGUGUGUUUUUUGUUAUUAUUAUUAUUAUUAUUAUUAUUAUCUUUUUCUUCUUGUUAUAAUUAUAGCAAACUUGUGUUCAACAACCGACAGCAAUUAUAGAAAUGUGUUACUCUAG